AUGGCCAAACUUUUCACCAUAUUUACUCCCCUGGUGACCAUCAUCUUUAUCGCUCUCUUCAUUUGCCCUUCUACCGCUGGUAUCUCUGAGACCCCUCGUGACGUCAUCCCAAGGCGCCGUAUCAAAAGGUCGAGCAUGGCUCUUCGACAGCGAGCUCCCAUUUACACCCUCAGACGCCGAGAUCCUGUAAACCUUGACAGGGCUCCAGCCUGGGCCACAAAGCUACCCGGAGAUUUUAGCAACUCUAUUGGUCGGGAAACUGAAUUGGGUGCGGAAUUUGCUGGUUGCGUCACUUUACCCAAUGACGCCUCACCUUCGUUCAAUGGAACCUUACAUUCGUUUAAUGGCACCUUACCUUCGUCUAAUGGCACUCCACCUCCGUCCGAUAACAAUUUACCAACAUAUUCGGAUAUCCUUGAAGCCAAUAGGCAGCUUGAUUACAGGGGGAACCAGACUUGUGUCCCACCACAAGGCCUUGGUAACCAAGACGAGCAUCAUUGCGGCCCUCUCACAACUUUGGGGACGGCUACGAUAUAUUUCUGCGGCGCCCCUGGCAAGUUUGUCCCUUGCUCCUCGAUUGCAUCAGCGGUCCUGGCUUUCAACGCCGUCUGUGUGCAGCGUGAAGACGAUCAUUUCACAGAGAGGGGGUCUAUUGCUAUUCUUCCUGAAGGAUAUCCCGAGGAUAUUUCCCACCUGAGUUUUAUUGUUAUUGAUAGCCCAGGGCUUCUCGAUGAUGUGUAA